AUGGCCGAAGUGGGAAAGCCUCUUCUCGAUAUUGAUGUUGAAGAAGAUCCAUUUAAUACAGGCCAGGCACCCAUACAGUCAAUGCCUGAGGAUACUGCUUUUCAAGAUACGAGCUCUGCGAUUGCCAGAGAAGCGGGAUCCCAAGCAAAUAUGAAUAAGCUGCGCAAUAUGCAAGACAAAAAUCAUGAUACCAAGGCAAAGAACUCUGGGCUUAUUGUUCCGGCAGUCAGAGUUAUGUUAAAGCAACACAAUAUUGAUAUCAAAGAUGUCACAGGGAGUGGAAAUGGUGGGAGAGUGAGAAAGGAGGAUGUUCAAAUGUAUUUGGAUUCAAGAAAUGCAGCUCCGAAUCCUGUAUCUUCAAAGCCCGCAGCCCAGGUCGACGCAUCAGUGGAAGACAAAGUUGUGCCUUUGACACCGAUUGAGAAUCAUAUGUUCAAGGUCAUGACUGGUGCUCUCAGUAUUCCACACUUUGGGUAUAGCCAUUCUGUCGACUUAACUUCUCUGACAAGUCUGCGCCGCGACUUCAACAAGGAACUGGAUGUCUCCAAUGGGAUGCACAGAUACGGUGUUUCAAAGUUAACCGCGCUUCCAUUCAUUUUGAAGGCUCUUUCACGGGCCUUUCUGCAACACCCUAGAUUGAAUGCACAUCUUGAAACAGAAACGGCUCCGCAAAACCCCCAGUUGAUUGUGAAAGCAUCUCAUAAUUUCGGUGUCGCCAUGGACACGCCCGGUGGUCUUCUGGUGCCAGUUGUCAAAGAUGUUCAAAACAGAUCUAUUCUUUCCAUCGCAGCUGAAUUGAAGCGACUGAGUACACUGGCAAAAGAAGGUCGUCUGACUCCGUCAGACAUCAGUGGAGCUACCUUCACUGUGAGUAAUAUUGGAAGCAUUGGGGGCUAUGUUGUGAAUCCUGUCAUUUUACCUCCGACUGUUGGCAUUGUUGCAUUGGGCAAGAGCGAAGAAGUUCCGGUCUUCACAAAAGACAAUAAAAAAGGUGACACAUCGAUUACGAAGCGUGAGAGAGCUGUUAUCAGCUGGAGUGCGGACCAUCGAGUUCUUGACGGUGCUUCUGUCGCACGAUGUGCCCAGAUGGUGAGCAGUGUCUUGGAGAACAUCGAACCUAUCAGUAUUGGAUUGCGCUAG